GAUAAUUGUCCGAGAGUUCCCGAUUGAGUCGAUGUAACACGAUUGUAAAAUCGUUUGAUAUCUAGUAUAUUUCCGUAUAAAAAAUGGCAGCAUCCAUGCAACAAGUGCCUACAGGACAGCAGCCGCAACCCCAAGCUGCAAAAGAUAUCGAGAUUGACCCUAUCGUGAAAGUAAAACAAGCAUUGCUUCCAAGAUUGAAAGAGUCAAUUGUGAAUUUGAUGAAUAUAUCGGGGAAAAUACUGCGCCAGAAUGUGAUGUCAGAAGAAAACUACAAGCCAGCUGAAACUAUCCAACAGAUGUAUGAACGUAGUAUGGAGGACUUCUAUUCAUUAUGUGAUCAAGUGGAGUCUAAUCUUAGACUGGCACUAGAAAUGCAGGCUCAACAAUUGGACAGCACUAAGUACACUCCAGCACCUGUGCAUAUUCCAAAAUCGACAGACAGUAUGGGUAUAAGUGAGCAGUCUAUUCCAUACCCGCAGUUCCUAGUCACAGUGAAACAGCAAAUUACAUAUGCUAAGGACAUGUUCGAGAUCUUGGCAGAAUUUACAAAAAAUUUUAGUGAGAGAUGUUGAGUGUCUACAGUGAGAGAUGUUUGUGUUAAAAAUAACUAUGUAUGUUAGAGUCUUCUUUGUUUGCCUGAGCAUGUAGUUCUCACUGUUUAACUCUGAUGGUCAUAGGUGCCUUAUGCCCUUAUUGUUUUGUGUGCAUUGUCAAAGUUAAUGGUCUUGUUACCAUUAUUAAGGCCACAUUGAUGAUCAAAUCUUGAUGAAACAUUGUCAGAAUUAUUUAUUUUACAAAAUCAAUUCCCAGUUUGAAUAUCAGUCCAAAAACUGGUUCAACAAGUCUAAUUUUAUAACAAAAGGGCCGAGAUGGCCCUAGUUCGCUCACCUGAGAGGAGUGGUUCAUUCAAUCUUUACCAAAUGUCAAUUUUACCUAGAUAUUGUCCAGAAAAACAUCCUGGUCAAGUUUCAUCAUUAUUUCAUCUGCAAGUCAUGAUCAAUAUACCUAUGAAGUUUCAUGAACUUAGGCAUAAGCGUUCUUGAGUUAUCAUCCAGAAACCAUUUUACUAUUUCAGGUCACCGUGACCUUGAACUUUGACCUAGUGACCUGAAAAUCAACAGGGGUCAUCUGCGAGUCAUGAUCAUUGUACCUAUGAAGUUUCAUGAUCCUAGGCAUAAGCGUUCUUGAGUUAUCAUCCAGAAACCAUUUUACUAUUUCAGGUCACCGUGACCUUGACCUUUGACCUAGUGACCUGAAAAUCAAUAGGGGUCAUCUUCGAGUCAUGAUCAAUGUACCUAUGAAGUUUCAUGAUCCUAGGCAUAAGCGUUCUUGAGUUAUCAUCUGGAAACCAUUUUACUAUUUCAGGUCACCAUGACCUUAACCUUUGACAUAGUGACCUGAAAAUCAAUAGGGGUCAUCUGCGAAUCAUGAUCAAUGUACCUAUGAAGUUUCAUGAUCCUAGGCAUAAGCGUUCUUGAGUUAUCAUCCGAAAACCAUUUUACUAUUUCGGGUCAUCGUGACCUUGACCUUUGACCUAGUGACCUGAAAAUCAAUAGGGGUUAUCUGCGAGUCAUGAUCAAUGUAUCUAUGAAGUUUCAUGAUCCUAGGCAUAAGCGUUCUUGAGUUAUCAUCCGGAAACCAUUUUACUGCUUUGGGUCACCGUGACCUUGACCUAGUGAACUGAAAAUCAAUAGGGGUCAUCUGCGAGUCAUGAUCAAUGUAUCUAUGAAGUUUCCGAGUUAUCAUCCGGAAACCACUGGUGGACGGACGGACUGACAUGAGCAAAACAAUAUACCCCCUCUUCUUCGAAGGGGGGGGGGGGGGGGGUAAUGAGAAAACUGCCCUUCUCCCAGCAGCCAUGUUAUUCAACUGACCGGAACCAUUUUUGAACUCAACUCUCGUAUGAAGGAAACAAAUGUUCUGAGCAAAUUUCAUGAAAAUUGGGCCAAAAAUGUGGCUUCUACUGUGUUCACAUGUUUUCACUACAUACAUAUAGAGGAAAAUGCCCCGCCCAUUGGCAGCCAUGUUUUUUCACUGAUCCCGACCAUUUUCAAACUCGUCCGAGAUAUCAAUAAAACCAACUUUCAUGAUGAUUGGGCAAAAAUUGUGACUUCUAGAGUGUUUUCAAGGUUUCUCUAUAGCCAAAUAGGGAAAACUGCCACUAUAUACAUAUAGAGAAAAAUGCCCCACCCACUGGCGGCCAUGUUUUUUCACCGAUCUCGACCAUUUUCGAAUUUGUCCGAGACAUCAAUUAAACAAAUGUUUUGACCAACUUUCAUGAUGAUUGGGCAAAAAUUGUGACUUCUAGAGUGUUUACAAGGUUUCUCUAUAGCCAAAUAAGGAAAAUUGCCCCGCCCACUGGCAGCCAUGUUUUUCAACGGAUCGGAACCCCUUUUGAACUCAACCAAGAUAUCAUUAAGACAAACAUUUUGACAAAGUUACAUGAAGAUUGGGCAUGAAAUGUGACUUGUACAGUGUUUACAAGGUUUUUCUUUUUUUUGACCUAGUGACCUAGUUUUUGACCCGGCACAACCCAGUUUCGAACUCGGCCGAGAUUUCAUUGGGACAAAGCUUCUGACCAAGUUUCAUGAAGAUGGGACAAGAAAUGUGGCCUCUAGAGUGUUUACGAGCAAAUGUUUAAGGACGGACGGACAUACGACGGACAAAGACCGGUCACAAAAGCUCACCUGAGCAAUCAGGUGAGCUCAAAACCUUGCAACCUUUAUAGGCAACAUUUAUGACUCAAUCUUGGUGUAAUCUGGUCAGAAUGUUUAUCAUUACAGUACCCUUUUAAACACUCUAGAUGUCACAUUUUCAAUCUCAAUGAAACUUGAUCAGAACAUCUGUUUUAAUAAUAUAUUAGAAGAGUUCGAAAAUGGUUUGUUUCCUUUAAAAAACAUGGGAAGUUUUACUUGUAUUGCUUUUUUGAAACUUUGUUAAUUCUCUAUUGGCCACAUUUAUUCCAAUCUUCAUGAAACUUGGUCAGAACAUUUGUCUAAAUGAGAGCUUUGCUGAGUUUGAAACUGGGUCCCAUAAGGUCAGAAACUAGGUCAACAGGUAAAAUCUUAGUAGAACCUUGGUAACACGCCAAAGGUACACAUAUGACUCCAUCUUAAUGAAAUAUGACUCGAUCUUAAUGAAAUGUCAGGAUGUUAAUCUUGACUCAAUCUAGGCGUAGUCAGAAUCUAGGUCAUGUGUGUUAAAAAAAACUAGGUCACCAGGUUAAAUGUAAGAAAAACUCUGUUACUACUCAAGAGGACCCAUUAUAAUGACUCAAUCUUGAUAAAACUUAGAAUUUUUAUUUUGACAUUUCUGUGCGGAGUUUGAAGCUGGGUCACAUGUAUCCAGAACUAAGAUCAUUAGAUCAAAUCUUUUAAAAACGUUUGCCAUCUAGAGGCCAAAUUUUUGACUCAAUGUUGAUGAAACUUAGUAUGUUUAUCUUGAUAAGAUGUUAGAAAUACUAGUUACCACUUGAAUAAAAAAUGAUACUCGAUCACAAUGAAAUUUGGUGAGAAUGUUAAUCUUGACAAUAUCUAGAAUGAGUUCAAAGCUGGGUUCACGAUAGUGGCAACUUUUAUGUCUCAAUAUUUGUGAGAAUGUCUAUCUUUACAAUUUCGAAACCAAGUUCCUUGUUAUCACUAUAUAGGCCAGAUUUAUGGCUCUAUCUUAAAAUAUCUUGGCCGAGUUCCAAUUUGGGUCAUAUGUUUUCAAAACCUUGGUCACCCGAUCAAAUCUUAGGAAAAAUUGUGACCAUUCUAGACGCCACAUUUAUGUCUCAAUCUCUAUGAAAAUUUGUAAGAAUGUCUACCUGACAAUAUCUAGGCCAUGUUCCUUGAUAUUUUUAGGACCCAGUCCGCGCAUUCACAGGAAUGACUAAUUAACAUUCUCCAGCAAGAAAUGCAACUAAACGCAAUAUAAAUGUCUUAAUAUAAAUUCAUAUAUGUGUAUUCACUAUUUUAACUCUAUGUUUCAAGUGUUUUAUUUACAACGUUUAUUAUUGAAAUGGCUUAAUAAAAGUUGUAUGGAAGAUGUUA